CAAAAACUGAAGGACAAUUUUAAAGAGCAAGUCUGACAUACAAAAACCUGACAAGAAAUGGAAGAAGAAAAAUAAAAAAGGAAAGUUUAAAAAGGCAGCAGAAAGCACAUUUAAGAUGGAGAGAGGAGUAUCUAAACCAAUGGCACCUAUACCAAAAUUUGUCCAAGGCAAACGUGAAAAAGACAAAGAUUUUAUACGACGUAUAGAACUUGAAACACAUAGGGUUAUCAUGAAAACACAGAUGGAAGAGAAGUAUCAGAUGGAGAUUCCAGAUGGCAGUAGUAACAUAGCAAGUUCUCAAGGCAAAAAGAAGCCAAGUGAAAGAAAGAGAGAGAAAGAUAAAGAAAGGAAAAAGAAAAAAGUGCAAGCCAUGAAAGAAAAGAAACAAGAAAAAGCCGGAGACUUUUCUGCGUUCAAAGAUGAUGUUGCUUUUGGUGAGGUUGCCAUGGCUCCCCCAUCUAUAACAGCCAAACCCAGAAAAGCAAAUAUGGACAGUGACAAACCAAGGCCAGGAAAACGUUCACUUCUUCUGAAAGAAAUGAUGGAUGCAGGAGGCAAAUCUAAGGCCCUGUCAACUGAACAAUCAGAUGCUAUAGUUAGGAUCAGACCUAAAUCUCAGGCACAGCGUCAGGCGGGACAGACAGUAAAACGGAAAUAUUUAUCGCCAGUGCAGAAACAGAUAACAGACUUUCAGAGACAAAAAGCAAUAGAUUUAUACAGAGAAAUGAAAGACCAAAAAUUGAAAGCGCCUAGAUGAAACAUAAGAUGUUAAUAUUUGAUCAUGUUUAUAAAAUACAGCUCUGUUUGUCAAAAAACAGAAGUCAGUAUUUUUGUUUUGAUUGAUCUUAUAGGCUGUCUUGGUGAAAGAAAAUCUUAAAAAAUUCAGUGCCCUUUUUUGUCUUUAAGGCAUUAAGUGCUCUUACAUGACAGAAAGAGAAGCUUUACAUAUAAGUUCAGCUAUUUAAACUAGCUGCUGUUGCAAGUGUUGGUAAAAUAAUAAAGUUUUAAAUUAC